ACCGGGCGGGGCCGCUGUCAUUUGGCGUGCACACGAGGAAAAAGCAUAUAUUGGCAUCAAGGAAAAGUUAAGUCCAAUCCAAUUCGAUACCCUCUUCAGCUCAGCUGCUUUGCUUUGUCAAAUAAUCUACUCCUCCAUGGAAAAGGAAAAGAAGCUGCUUUGCUUUGCUUUGCUUGCUCCAUCGAUGGGAAUGUGAUGCUCCGCUUUGCUUUGCUUGCCCCGGUCGCCGCUGCCAUCCGCUGAUAUUUGUCACCACCGACUGCUGUGCCGUGCAGUGCAUCCCAUCAAUCUCAGAGGUUGGUGACGUAGUGCUCUGCUUGAGCGGAAGGCCAGCAAGUUGACCAAUGGCGAUGGUGUUGGAUGCGUUUGCAUCCUACAUCGGGGACUACCUCAAGCAGGUGGUACAAGAUGAGCUCGGAACGAUGCUGGGUGUCUCAGGCGAGAUCGACAAGUUGGGCGACAAGCUUCAAGACCUCAAGAACUUCCUCGCUGACGCUGAUAGGAGGAAUAUCAGCGACGAGACCGUCCGAGUCUGGGUGGGGCAGCUCAAGCGUGCCAUGUACGAAGCUGCUGACAUCCUCGACCUCUGCCAACUCAAGGCACUGGAGCGUGGGUCUUCCUCCACAGAUGAUGGGUGUUGCAAUCCCUUACUCUUUUGCAUGCGGAAUCCCUUCCAUGCUCGUGAGAUCGGCACCCGCAUCAAGGCGCUCAACCAGAGGCUUGAUAGCAUCAAGCAGCGCAGCGCUGCUUUCAACUUCAUCAAUCUUGGGUCCUAUGAGGAUUGUCAUAGCAGCAAUGCCCAUGCCUCUCGUCAGGGUAAUCCUAGCCGGGAGACGGUAGGGGACUUUGACCGGUCAGCUGUGGUUGGAGACAAGAUUGAAGAAGAUACAAAAGCACUAGUGGCUCUGAUUAUGCAAAAGGGAAAGGAGGUCAAUGAUGACAUCAUGGUGUUCGCCAUCGUAGGUGUCGGUGGGGUUGGCAAGACCACUCUUGCCCAGAAGGUCUUCAAUGACGAGGCAAUCCAGGGCGGGUUCAGCAAAAAGAUAUGGUUGAGCGUCAACCAAAACUUCAGUGAGGUUGAGUUGCUUAAAAGAACCAUCAUCUGUGCCGAUGGAAACGCCCAACUAGCUGGAAAUGCAAAGGACGCGCUUCAUCGAGCCCUAAUGCAGGCCUUGAAGGACCACAAGACCUUCCUGAUAAUGGAUGAUGUGUGGGACAAAGGAGCUUGGGAGGGUGUGCUAAAAAUACCCUUUGCCAAUGCUGCUGCUUCAGGCAGCCGUGUCCUCAUCACAACUAGAGAAGGACGCGUUGCCCAAGGGGUGACAGCUAUACAGCCCUACCACCACGUCGACACAUUAGCACCCGAUGACGCUUGGUCAUUGCUCAAGAAGCAGGUACGCUCAAGUGAGAUAGAUGAAGACCACAUCAAUACGCUAAUGGAUAUCGGACUGAAAAUUAUACAGAAAUGUGGUUGUUUACCAGUUGCUGUUAAAGUAAUGGGAGGACUCUUGCGUGAAAGAGGGGGGCUCCGGCGUGACUGGCAGCAGGUUUUGGAUGAUUCUAAAUGGUCAACAACUAAAAUGCCCAAUGAGCUCGACCACACAGUAUACAUAAGCUAUGAAUAUAUGCCUUCUUACCUGAAGCAAUGCUUUCUGUACUACUCUCUUCUCCCUAAAAGUAGAAAUUUUACUAUGGAUGAAGUUGUUGCAAUGUGGAUUAGUGAAGGAUUUAUUCACGGAAAUUCUAAUGAUUUAGAAGAAUUGGGAAAAAUUUACUACAAGGAGUUGGUAUCUAGGAACCUCAUAGAGCCCAAUAAAUCGUAUGCUGAUCUAUGGGUUUGCAGCAUGCAUGAUGUUGUCCGCUCAUUUGCUCAGUAUAUGACUAAAGAUGAAGCACUCAUAGCUAAAGAUGGAGACAAUGAUAUUCUUGCUGAACUUAAUUCACAAAACUUUCUGCGGUUGUCCAUAGAAACUAACCAAUCACAAUCAGGUGAAAUUAAUUGGAAAUGUCUACAGGCGCAAAAAUCAGUGAGAACAUUGAUCUCAACUAUCCAGAUUAAGAUGAAGCCUGGUGAUUCGUUGGCUACUUUUUCUAGUUUGCGGACUCUGCAUAUGAAAUCUGCAGAUAUGUCCAUAUUGCUUGAAUCGUUGCAUCAACUCAAGCACCUGAGGUAUCUAACACUAGUAAAUGCUGAUGUAUCUGUACUUCCAGGAAACAUUGGCAAGAUGAAACUAUUGCAAUUCCUUGACCUUGGUGGAUGUGCAAAAUUGGUGAAUCUUCCUGAUAGCAUUGUGAAGCUUGACCAGCUAAGGUUACUUUCACUUCCCAAAGCAAGUAUGGUACCUAGGGGGUUCAGUGGUCUGACAAAUAUGAGGAAACUAAGUAUGUUUCGAGCGCACAUGGAUGGUGAUUGGUGCAGUUUGGACGAGUUGGGGUCUCUUUCCCAACUCAGGUUUCUUGGAUUAGUUCAAUUGGAGAAUGUAUCUGCUGCCUCAUUUGCUGCUAAUGCCAGGCUCGGCGAGAAGACGCAUCUUAUCAUGCUACUCCUAGACUGCACCAGUAAACUGGCAGAUGAUGGGUCUCUCAAAGAGAAGGAAGGUGUUUCCGAGGAAGAGCAACAACGAAUUGAGAAGGUUCUCGAUAAGCUCUGCCCUCCACUUGGUGUAGAAUAUCUUGAAAUCACAGGCUAUUUUGGCCAGCAACUCCCGAGUUGGAUGAUGUCCACAUCAAUGGUGCCCCUCAACAACCUGAAGACUAUAUUUUUUCAUAAUCUGGCUUGUUGCACGCAACUUCCCAAUGGGUUGUGCCAGUUCCCCAUUCUGCAGUUUAUACAGGUCUCUCGUGCUCCAUGCAUCAAACAUGUGGGGACUGGAUUCGUGCAGGCGGCGGUAGCUUCAUUUCCGAGGUUAAAUGAAUUGAAGUUAAACGCCAUGGUGGAAUGGGAGGAGUGGGAGUGGGAGGAGCAAGUACAAGCCAUGCGUCGUUUGGAGAAGUUUGUGCUCAGUUAUUGCAGACUGAGGCAUAUCCCUCGAGGCCUUGUCUCCAAUGCAAGCUCUUUGAAAAUAUUAUUUCUCAAACGUGUCAUGAACCUCAGCUACAUUGAGAGCUUUCUUUCUGUUGUUGAGCUUAAAGUGAACGGAUGCCCUGACCUAGAGAGGAUCACCAAUCUCCCCAAUAUGCUGAAGCUUACCAUUCGGAACUGCCCAAAGUUGAAGGUGCUGGAGCAUAUCGCUUCACUCGAGUGGCUGAUCCUGGAGGAUUACACCAUGGAAAAACUCCCAGAGUACAUGCGAGUCAUAAAGGCAAGGCAUUUGUUGUUAUUCUGCAGGCUAUGGUUGCUCUCUGUGGUAGCCGCGGGGCAAUCUGGCACUGAGUGGGACAAGUUCAACCAAGUGGAGCAUGUCAAGGCAUAUGCAGGUGAUGGAGACAACCAAAGAAAAUGGUAUGUUUUGUACACGAGAGGAGACAACUACAAGUUUGAUUCCAAUAUUAGCAGCUCUACCAUAUUUGAAGAACCCUUAUCAUCUUGUAUGGUGGACCAACAAGGAUUUGAGUCUCUGUACAGAAUGAGAAGAAGCACCUUCAGUUAUAUCUGCAGCUUGGUGAGGAUCCCAUUUUUUGAAGAUAUGAUGACAAGGGGUCACACCUUUGUUGACGGGAAGGUGAUGUCUUUGCAAGAUGGAGUAGCCAUUGCUCUGAGUGUACUGAACUCUGGUGAGCCAUCACAGAUCGUAGGAUCCUCUCUUAGUGUCAGCGAGUCAACUGUCUCGGUGAUAACUCAAAGGUUUGUUGAGGCUAUGUGGGAGCGAGCAUUCUAUCACAUAUGUUGGGCAGAUGCUGAAAUGGAAAAGAUCAAGCGCAUGUUUGACAAGAUUCACGGCCUGCCAAACUGCUGUGGUGUUGUACAUACAACCCACAUCACGUUUGGAUCACAAAACCAUGAACCUGGUGAUGAGCAGAAUGACGAUAAGCUUAUGCUAGUCAUUGAUCCAGAUAUGAAAUUCACUGGCACUCACUUUGGAUCACAAAACCAGUUGAGCGUCUUGCAUGACUCUUCGCUCUUCAAGUCCUGCCAGGAGGGUACUAUGCUGAAUGGCAGUAAGCUCAUGUUAUCAGAUGGCUUGGAAGUUGGGGAAUACAUCAUUGGUGAUGCAGGAUACCCGCUUCUCCCCUGGCUUCUCACACCUUACUCGAUGGAAGACAAGGACCUCCUCUCUGCAGAUGUUCCUCCUUAUCAAGCGGAGUUCAACAGGAGACACUCUUCAGCAUCAACCCUCACACUGGCUGCAUUGGCGAGGUUGAAAGACAAUUGGAAGAUCCUGGACAGAGCUGUCAGUUCAUUCCCAGUUAUGGAAACAAUCGAUGUGUGUUGCAUCUUGCAUAAUAUAGUGAUAGACAUGGAGGAGAUAGAGGAGGAGGAUGUUGUGGGCAUGGAGGAGGAGAAUCACAUUGAGCAAGUGCGGCAGGUAGCAGAUGAGGAUGCUGUUAGGGUGAGGGAUAUACUGUCCCAGCACUUGACCGGAUCUGGAGUCGACGCAACGGCGACGAAAAGGGAAGCUGCAGAGGUAGUUUCAUCGGUUCUAGGAGAUGAAAACAAGGAAUAGCAAGCACAGCGACGACAAACAUCGGAUCGAGGAAAGGAGAAGGCCCAUGAUACUGGAGCCAAAGGCACCAAAUUAUGUGUCAUUGUCAUAUGUAUUUGAGAAAGACAACUAGAGGGCUUGUAAGAAGUGCACCAAAGGCCAAAGGCUGAAGUGAUGUUGCAAAGCUUUUAUGCGGUUGAGGAAGCAACUAUCAACUAGUAAUAAUAAUGUAGCUGCAUGUGGUAUAUGUAAAAUCUAUUUGUGGUUUAUAUUCUUUCAGUUGAAGAAUCUGCAAACAGAAUGGCAGGGACACGGGUGUUUGAUCAUGGUUGAUUUAGUUGUAGCAGCUGUUGGGAUAAGUCAUGGUAGCUAUUGUGUUGGUUGCUCUGCUCUGCGCUGCGCUGCUUGGAGAAGGAAGAGAAGAGCAGAGCGUAACAGAGUGGGGAGAUGACAGUACGUCUGGAAUUCAGAAUUGUGUACCUUGGCAAGUGGGUAUAGUACAGGAAUUCAGAAUUGUGUACGACGGCUAAAGUGAAGCGAUGCUGCAAAAACAUGAAUUAAAAGAUGGACUGACAAUUUGUAUUCGCUGCCAUAUAUGUGGCCAAGACAAUUUUUAAUAAGCUUUUGUGA